AUGCAUGAUAUCUUACCGUUACCUGUAAACACCAAGAAAAUAAAUGGGACAAACUGGAAUCGGCACAAUAUUAGACUUCCUGGUCUGGAUAAGGAAAUCGGUGAGGGUGGGUCAUUCUAUUGUAGGUAUGUGAAGGCAGAUGACACUAAUCCCAAUGAUUUCCGUAAUGCCAACGUCCAUAUGCAUGACGAUUCAUUUUUACACUUAUAUAUAUUACCUCCGAUGGAUGUUGAAUUAUUUAAACGCAAUGUAAAAACACAACUGAAGUCUUUCGUGUCGAAAUUGAAGGGUAAAUGUCUUAUCAUUUAUGGGAUAUGCAAAAAGGAGAACCGAGACCAGCAAAAAUCCAACUGCAAAACUAUAGACAAAAUACGGCAUAUGUUACAAUCGUUAUCGCUGCGCCACAAUCGAUUGUGCUUGGUUCCGAUGCUGGAAUUAUCACUACUUAACGCCCAGAGAACUCCAAGGGCCGAGGAAGACAUGGAAUGUAAUGGAGAGACCUUUGGAACCAAGAACUGGGAAAACGUGCAGCUGAUGAUGAGUGAGUGUAUAUCAGAAACAGUCGCUGGAAGAUUAUCAGAUAUUGCGGCAGUUAUCCACAAGACAAGCGCCCAUCAUACGUCCGAAAGCAUUUUGUUUUAUGAGUCCAUGUUAAGGAUUUAUGGCAAAUGUGGAUUGAUACUGGAUGCAGCAGACGGUUAUGCGGAACUAUUGCGUGCUGUGGAAGCUGAUCUAAUGAAAAAGAUAACUCCGAAAGACUUUGUACGAGCACCUUUUGUUUUUUACAUGGAAAGCGGUUAUGGCAUAGACAACGAAAGCAACCAAUUCGAUAUAUACCAGUAUCUUUGCUGCACCGCGAUACGCUUACUAGAACCUGUUAACGGUGUUGAGAGUUUGUCCCGCAUCUGUCGCAUUUUCUUGGAUUGCUGCAUGUUAACAUUUAUGGCAACACGCCGGGAUCUGCGCAAGAAACACCUGUUGUGGUUGUUAGUAUUAAUAAAUAAAUCGCUCUGCUACUUGCGGGAUUGUAUGAAAUCAACAUCAGACCAACUAGGUAUCGCUGAAACAGUUAUUUCUGCCAACACUCAGCAGAAGUUCUCAAAACCGUCAACAUUAGAGAAGCUACGAUCCGCAAUAAAACGAAAAAAAAGUAGACAUCUUCAAAAUGAAGAGGCGGUCGAACAUUCGGGACAUCUCACAGCAAAUUUAAUUGCAACGGAUACUAAUGAAGCACCAAAAAAGUAUUGUCAACCAUUACACUCACCAAAUGGCGUUGAGUGCGUAUAUAACAUUAAUAAUUCCAAGUGCAUAAGACGAUGUAUAGGACUCUUAUACACUUUUUUGUACAAAACCUUGAAAAACAUGGAUACUGCAGUAUCAAGCGACGACACCCUGGAAGUUUCAAACAUCCAAAAUGUCGAAUUACCCUACAACCUUUAUCGCACUAUGGAGUUAGAAAUGUGGGAGGCCGUGAAGUUACCUGACGGUAGACAACGAAUGAUGGCAGAAGCCAUGGAGAAUGCAUCCUUAAACUUUUCACAUGGUGAUAUGCCCCGUUUUUCUAACGUUAUGGCAAACUUAUACGGCAAGGAAUCAGCAGCAUUGUCCAUGGAGAAAGAUUCUAGCCAGCUAGGGUGGUUCUUACGGGCUCUUAAUAAGGGUGAUAGCAAACAUGUUUUUGCGUGGUUCGGACCUCACGAACCAAAUGUGCAUCUCAACGAUCCUUUGGAUAGCGUAAAAACGGUUCUGCAAGCCAAUUUGGAUUGCUUACAUAACUAUCCAAAUAUAUGUCUCACCCCCACUCAAAUUGAGGAUGAAGCAGUGAACGAUUACCUCCGAGUAUUGUCGGAUGCAAAGUUGGCAAUAGACAGCACCAGGGGAUAUAUGCAAACUUAUGGACAGUCAUUGAAACAUAAAACUGAUAUAUGCAAAAUUAGACUCAACGUAUAUACCACCGUAGAUUGUUUGAAAGUUAAUAUUCACGUGCGUCUAUGUGAAGACCAGGAACGAAUGAUAAAUGACCAUCCGCCUACAUUGGCCCACGAAUGCGAAGAGUUAUCCUUGUCCGACGUCACUUUACAUCGUGGGUUGAAUGUUUAUGUGUUAAAGCAUCGUUUUAGCAAGACAUGCAAUUAUACUUUGGAGUCGUUCAUCAUAUCUGGUGAAACUUUUGAGGUUGUGCAAAGGCCUUGCACACCGAUUCCGCUUGGGGUGCUUAGCGGUGUAAUACGUGCUUUAAAGACAUACAAUAUAAUGCCGAGCUACAAGCUUUCGGCUCUCGUGCUUCCCCCAUCUUUCAUAAGGUGUGAUAAAGAGGACACAAUAACUCUUACUGCUCGCCCGUGUUCGGAUGCGAUUACUUGCUCUGAUCCAGUUCUUUUGACAGGUGUGAAGAACUACAUUGCAUUUUACCUGUCUGGGUUCACAGUGGGACGCAUAUUCUUUCACAAAUCUCGCCUUAUAUAUGACACGGAACAUUUUUCUUUGUAUUCUGAUGAGAUAAAAACAUCGUGUGAUUAUACGAAGACGGAUGAUGGAAUUGUGUUGAAUCUUACAAAGGGUAGAGCAUCGAGUCACGUUAUAUGCGCGUCGAUAACAGUGGAUUCGACGGUUAAUGAAGACAAGAUCUGUCAGACGGUAUCAAUCUAUAAUGGUCGUCGACUUGAUUUCAAUCUUGAAUUUACCAUUAUACCGCCCUUCUGCAGGGAGAUUAUAACAUCAGAUAAUGCAUUGCUUCAGGUAGUUUUAGGCCCAACGGCACCAUUCUACACGGAGAUAGGUAGCGUGGUUGUAAAUGGUUGCCUAAUGGUUAAGGAGUCGACUUUGUUGGAAAGGGGGUCCGAUUUUUGCAUAUCAAUUGACGGAAAUGAUGGGGAAACAGGAACUAGCUAUCUAUUGACUCCACCGAAUAGCAAUGCGACACUAUCAACAGGAAAAUUCCGCACAGUCGGAGACCUACAGAUGCGUAGUGCACCACAUCACACGACAACCGCUAUAACCGCCGAGCGUGACUUCUCUAGCGAUAAGCAACGAGAGACUCCAGAGGACAUAGCUGCUAAUAACGGAUGCACUGCACUAAUUACAGGAGAGCACAAGGUAAUAGUGAGCUAUCGCAUAUUGAGGCACAAGUGUAUGCAUCAUCGAACGAAUGUUGGUGGUGAGCUAGAAUCUCUUUCGAAUGUAUUGGAAUACCGUUUUAAUCUUCCACAACUAACUGGAAGUGAUGUUACGGUUGAGUAUAAUACACCGCCUUUUUGCUUUAUCGGUAUGCUAUUUGAAGCAUGUGUCACAAUUCGCUCUGCCAAAGAAGUUUCGUUUGAAUAUGAGCUGGAAUCCGACGACAAUUGGUUUGUAGAAGGUCCGGUGAGAGGAAAGAAUCAAGUAUUGCGCCCUAUUGAUUGUUUGCAAUUGCAUUUCAAGAUGAUGGCCAUAGAACGCGCGGGAGGCGGCAUAAUACGGCUGCCUUCCAUCCGUUUCUGGCGGCUGCGCGCCCCCCUAAUCCACAAAGAAAUAUUUUUGUUAAACAAUACUCACACGUAA